CCCCCAGCCCUCGUGCUCUUAACAAGCACUGAGGUGUCCUGUACCUUAACCAAUAUCUUUCCAUCUGUUCCAGUAUAACUUAAUUGCACAGGAUCAACCUUGUUGGAACCAAGGACAGUGGCAGGAGUGCCAGACUAGAUGCUGUAUUAUCAUGUAUAAGGUGUUUAUCAGAUUGUAGUAUUAUUGUAGUUUUGAGUUCUAGACUGGAACACCCUCUAGGGGGUAGAAAUGUAUGAUAUUGAGCUUCCGUUACUGAUUCAACUUAUGCUCAGCUUAUAUGAUUCAGCUCUAGUGACUGAUUCAACAUUUCUUCAACUGGUCCUGUAUAAACUUACAUUAUGCGUCAACAUAGUAUUUCUCUGUUAUGUGUGCUUCUUUAGCAUACUGUACUACUGACAAAUGGUAACAUCGUUUUUCAUACUUUGUUUGCCAUUUCUCUUACCUUCAGCAAUGGACUACACAUCCGAUGGAGAUUCUGAGGUCGAAGCUUAUGGAUCCGGUACUUUUGAGCUUCUGGAAUCAGGAGAUUUACAAGUGAUGACUGAUGAAGGCUUGUACCGAUGCCCCUUUUGUUCAGAUGAAGAUAAGGACCACAGUCUAAAUGAUCUGCUGCAGCAUGCCUCUGGUGUGGGAGCAGCACAUGAUCGGCAAGCCAAAGAGAAGGCAGACCACCGUGCUCUUGCAAGGCAUUUGAAGGGUAAGCCUGCUGAAUCACCUGGCGCACGUUUGCAGCCAAUGCUUAUAGAUGUGCAGGAUCCUGAGCAUACCCAAGAUGAGCAAUUUGUCUGGCCCUGGAUGGCUAUCCUAGUCAAUAUGCCAAAUGAAUUCUUUGGUAAAAGUGCGAAUCGACUGAAGGAGCAUUACUCAUCUUUUCAUCCAGUGAAGGUGCAUCCUGUAUAUAGCAAAGGUCGUCCCACGCGUGAUGCUGUUUUUGAGUUUGGGAAUGACUGGAGUGCUUUCAGGAAUGCACGGGCCUUUGAUGCUCACUUUGCAAUGAAAGGGUACAGUAAAAAUUGCUGGAAGGAGAUGAAGUCUGAAUGUAAAGAGCCUGUUGGGUGGAUGGCAAGGGCUGAUGAUUACAAUUCUCUAGGGGCAAUAGGUGAGCUACUGAGAAAAAAUGGUGACCUGAAAACAUUAAAAGAUAUUGGUAGUGAAGGGGCAAAUAAAACCGAAAAGCUUCUGUCCAAUUUGGCCUGCAAAGUUAAAGAAAAGGAAAUUUAUUUAGAGCAACUUGAGUCUGAGUACAACAAGCGUUCUGCUUCACUUAACAUAAUGAUGCAGAAGAGGGAGCAACAACUCCAGUCAUACAAUCAAGAGAUCCUGAAGAUGAGACAACUUGGUCAACAAAACACACAAAGAAUUGUUGAGCAGAACCGGAAGCUACGAUACGAUAUGCAGGACAUGGCGGACGCACUUGAUGCAAGAAACAAACAAAUUGAGCAGUCGGAGCAUGACAAAAAGAAACUUGAGCAGGAGAAGCUAAAGAAUGCAAUGAGGACCAAUCAUCUUAGGUUGGCUGCAUUGGAGCAGGAGAAAGCUGAUGAAAAUGUCCAAAAGCUUGUGGAUAAACAAACGAGAGAAACAAAAGCUAUUCUAGACGACUUUUUGAGGUUGAACACACAGUUGGAGAAGAAGCAGAAACUUGAAUUGGAAAUAAACCACUUGAGCGGGAAACUGCAUGUGAUGGAGCUCAAGCCAGGUGAUGAAGAUCCAGAAUCCAGAGAGAAAAUAGAUAAACUAAAGGAGGAGCUCAAUGAGAAGAUUGAUGAACUGAAAUAUGCGGAAAACUACAACCAAGAUUUAAUCAGUAGGGAAAGAAAGUCCAGUGAUGAGUUGCGAGAAGCUCGUGAGGUGUUGAUAAAUUCUCUGCAGAGUUUGCCCCGAACCACAAGCUGCCAGUCACAGAUCGGCGUCAAGAAAGUUGGUGAGCUUGACCCCAGUGUGUUUCUAAGCCUGUGCAAGCGAAAAUUUCCAGCAGCAGAUGCAGAAGCUAAAAGUUCUAGUCUUUGUUCAAAGUGGCAGAAUGAAAUUGAAAAUCCAGAAUGGCAGCCUUUCAAGGUUAUUAUUGUUGAUGGAAAAGCAUCGGAAGCACUCAAUGAGGGUGACAGGAAGCUCCAAGAACUGAAGGAGCUCGGUCAAGAACCCUAUGCUGCAGUAACAAAGGUUCUGAUGGAGCUGAAGGAUGCCAAUGGCGGCAGGAAGGAUCCGUUCCCUGAGCUGUGGAACUAUGACCAGGGUCGGAAAGCAAAUAUGGUGGAAGGAGCUCGGCAUGCUGUGAUGCUUUGGAACGCGAGCAAGACGAAGAAGGGCAAGAAAAGCCGCUGACUUCAGUGCCAUUGUUUCAUGCUGAAUGAAUUAAGGUCCUAACCAAAUAGUUAUUCUAUUUUGGAGUAAACUGGAAGUGCAGUUAACCUGGUGCAUUUUGCUUAGGUAUUACCUUGUAUGUUGCAACUUUGAACCAAGCAUGUCCCUCCCUAACGCUAUGUAUGACAAAUGAUGGCAUGCUGGAACCGUGUCGUGCUCGGACUAGAUUAAUGCACUAGUUAAAAUAAAUUCUGCAAUGUCCGGUUUCAAGUUUA